CGUGAUGGAGGACUUCACGGCAGAGGAGACGGGCUUCUCCGGGAGCAACGGCACGGAAGGCGCGGCCGGGAGCGAGUCCAUCCUUGGAGACGCCGAGGAGAUUGCGCGGAGGCAGAAGGCGUGCGAGGAGCUGCACGCGCAAAUGCCUCCACCCGACCCCGCCCUCGGCCCAUACUGUCCACGCACGUUUGAUGGUUGGUCAUGUUGGAACGACACGCCAGCAGGAGCGAGAGCCUUCGUCCAAUGUCCAGAUUUCAUUCCAGGAUUUGAUCCAAAUCGUAAAGGCCAUAAGGAUUGCGAGGAUGGAGGGCAUUGGUAUACUGAUCCGCGGACAAAUCGAACUUGGUCCAAUUACACCACCUGCGUGGAUAUGAGCAUCCUUAAGUUUCAUCAAGGAGUUAACUCCGUCUACAUUUCCGGAUACUCAGUUUCUCUCAUUGCUCUCUGCAUUUCACUCUUCAUCUUCUUUUACUUUAAAUCUCUAAACUGCAAAAGUAGUACCAUUCACAAGAACUUAUUUCUUUAGCUUCAUCAUCAACAACAGCAUGUGGCUGAUGUGGUUUUUCUUUGUGGUUAAUGACCCGGCUGUCGUCAACAAGAACGGAG